CCAGAUUUUCCCGAUUUCGUAUAGGUAUCACGUGUGGGUCCACUAAAAUAUAGCGUGUUUGAGUCAGUAUGCCCGUGAAAGGAGGAACAUCAGCCGCCAAGCUAUUCCUGUAUGUGCACAUAAGUAUUUUGUAUGCCUUUACAUUGCUUCAUAUGUAGAUUUGACCAGCACAAAAAAUGUCGCGUCUUCCCUGUUCUCGUGAAACACGGCCGUUUUUGCCUCCGAAAAUCGUGGUGUCAAUCCUGUCUCGACGUCGCAUGGAGAAUAGCAUGUGAGAGAAUCUUGGCGAGGGCGUUUGAUCGGAUUCGGUGGUGGCCUUUGUUCCGGAGGGAAACGGUAAAAGCGAGUUUGUAGUUGCUGGCCACCGAUUGGCCAGCGAUUGGGAGCUCGCUAGAAGAAGGUCCUCCUUCAGAUUGUUCAAGUAAUUCCACUUGAAACUUCUGAGAUCUCGCAACUUCUGCUCUCGCACUGCUCUCGCUUUCUGGAAAGAUUAGGAGUGUGAUUGGUGUGCCUGGUUCUUCAUCCAGGAUAUUCUCCCGUAUGCGCCGUCUCAAAAUCAGUCGCAGCGUCGUUCCUGCAGUUUCUGGGCAGCGAUUGGGCGACAAUUAUUAAGGCAUUUCUGGCUAGCGUAAUUUCUCAUAGAUUUGCUUUUCCAUACUUAAGACUCAAAGUGUAGGUGACAGUUAUUUGAAUUGAAAUGUGCUGUUUAGCCUGCAGGUCAGUGUGUGGGGAGUGCUUCGUUCGAAGUGGACGACGGAACUGGGUCAGUUGCGUUCUAAUGUGGAACUUGUCAGGCACAGAAAAGUUGGUGCGCGUCCAUAUGCUAAAUUAACGCAAUUCUGUUGUAAGUACUACCAAUGACGCAGCGACUACAGCCUGUUCUGAGACCACAGUUCUCGAAAAAUGGAAACUAGUCAUACUGCCAUCAUCACAGACCUGCUUCUUGAUGGUUGCUAAUAACACGCAAUACUCCGAAGUCAGUUUUUUUUUGAGCGUUCCGAGAG